CCAUCAUUGCAUAUUGCAUUGUGGGCCGGAUUUGGGGGUCGGACGAUGAGCUGAAUUCAGAGGAAGGUAUGGAUGGCGCACGAAGCCGCGAGCUACUCUCCUCGCUGUCCUCUUCAUCUCGGUCUUCUUCUGGAUCUGACCAGGAAGCAGUGGAACGGACCGCUGAGACCUGGUAACGGUCCGCCGGCGGGAAAUUCAGCUCAUCGCCCGGCGCGCCCUGACAAUCCACGCCGUCGAACCCGAGCCGCCGCUUCGGAAGGACCGCCUCGCUAAGCUCGAUCGCACGCAUGAUAAUAUCCUCGCUGUACUCCGACACGGGAGGCCUUGCGUUCAAUAUGACGUCCAUGAUGAAUGGCCGUUUGCCGAGCAGCUCCGUGUCUAGUUCCGCGAGCUGGCGUGCCUUCACUAGCAGGGUGCGUGCGGGGGAGGGUGAUGGUGAUAGUGAUAGUGGCGACGCUAAAACCACAUGCGCUGCGCGCUGCCGUUUAGUUGGCCGUGGCUGUGCACCGUGACCGCCGUCGCUAGUGCGACUUUGUCGGGCAUCGCCCGGGCGGACCUCUGUGCUAACGGACCGGUGUGGGCGAUGACGACGGUGCCGUCCGUUCAAUUGUUCGUUUCUGGGCGAGGGCACUGCUGCCUUCUUGGUGCGCUUGGCCGAGAUUGGCAGCUCGGGAGUAGGGCGAGCGCCCCGUCGCGGCAUCGAUAGCACUCCUUUGGUCAGCCUUGGCUGCGUAUGUAAUGUCAUAUUGGACACGGGAUAGAAGGAGCCUUACAAAGCUGUACUGGGCUGCGCCCCCGCUUCUGAGCUUCUGAUGUGCUGGGAGCUCAUUCCGGCCGCGAGAUUUGAUGCGAAGCGUGGACGUAUGAGGUUGAAUUCUCAUCUCGUUCACGGUCAGCUCUGUUUUUCCUCGGCCAUUGGGAUCAGGACCGAGCACUGCCG